AUGAAGGCUCACGUUGCUCUCUGGGCCUCUGUUCUCCCACUGGCUUUCUCUGCGCCAGUUCUUGUCUCAGGUGGUGAUAGUUUCAAGGGCGAUCCUCAGGUCACCACAGGUCCUCAGCCUUGCACCACGAUCUUCUCGUUUAUCACCAGCAACAGGGCGCGCCAUACGUUCAGAGGCUGUGACAACAUGCUGCUAGAAGGGUAUGCAUAUCUUGCUGAUCGAUGGUUCUCCUUGCCGUCAUUCUCACCGUCAACCAAAGAGCGGGAGAACCCGCAGCGCAAAUGCAAAUCUCCAAUUUUACCCGACCAUUUGCCGACGCCCGCGCUUAGGGAAGAGUUAGACGCGCUUCCAGGAUCUACCUCGACAUCAGCUUCUGCUUCUACAGCAUUACCAGCACCAAUAGCAGUAUCUCUGCCCUCAUCGAAGUCUCAGAUAUUUGCAUAUGCUGAUAGGAUGCGCCUCGAAGAUAUCAUUGCCAGCCGUGAUUUCUCAGUUUUCCUCGACUGGCUAUCUGCGCGCCCUAUCAUGGCCUGGACACUCAUCGUUGCUGUACUGAUUAUUGUCUUUUUCGUCUCAGCUGUCAUUGUCGAGAUAGCUGUUGCACUGCGGAACAUUAUUAGCCCGCCAGAUACUAAAAAACAACAGCCUGAGGCUGGAGAAAUCUACUUGUUCGGUCCUGAGAAGAGGCUGGCUGCAGCUAUGGUUGUUGAUGAUAGAGAGGAGAACCCCCUUGCUUACACAGAAUGA